UUAUUUUACUAACCCCUCCUCUAUACCUCAGAAAAAAUGAAUAACUUCUAUUUGAACAAUUUUUUAUCUAACUUGUAUUUCGAUAAAAAAUAUUUGGAAAUGAAAGAAUUAAAUGAGAAUCGCAUAAUAUCGAAUAAAAUCGAACAGGAUCGAAUAUCAAAUCAAAUUACUUUUAUUUCAAAUCUUUUUUUAUUUCCAAAAAUGCGUUGUUCUCGGAAUAUUUAAGUGUCUUUAAUUACGAAAAAUAAAUACAUUGCAUAAUUAUUAUAAUGCAAUAUAUGUAUAGUUAAUUAAACACAAAUGGACAUUUCAGUUAGAUCAAAAAAGUUAACAGAUACGGAUUUUAAGGAUUAUUUGAACGAAAAUAAUAUUAUACCUUGGAAAGAAUGGAAAGAUACGGAAUUAAAUAAUGAAAAAUGGUCUUUACCACAAAAUGGCGACGACGGAUUAUUUUUCGAUACAGAAUCAACUCCGAUGCCAUUAUCUUUAGUACCAUAUGAAUGGAUUCGUUCGAAUUAUUUAAAGGAUUUAACAGUAUAUUAAAUUAUUGAAUAUUCAUUAAUAUAUUUGAAUUUAAAACGAGCUUGUUUCAUUUUAGGAACCAUUAACUGUCUUUAAAAUUACUAAAGAAUAUCCUGAUUUAAUAAAAAGGAAUAAACAUUUGUUGCACAGUGAAGUACGUUGAAAUUUAUCAGCUUUUUAUAAACAAAAAAAAAAAAAAAAAAAGAAAAAAGAAGAAAAAAUGGGACAAGAAAAAUAUUUAUAAAAAUUUUAAACGUUAGGAUUUUUAAAAUCGAGUUCAAUGACAUAUACGAAUAUAAUUUAGUUCAUCAGAUGGUUUAUUUCGAGCUUGAUAAAUCUACAAUACUGCGGGCAAAAUGGUUUAGAAGUGAGCGGAGAAACGGAUAAUUUUAUUUGGAAUGGACGAGAAGAAAAAUGGCAGGGUUGGAUGCACGUUUAUUCGAAUAAUAAAGCUGGUCAUGGUGCAUCUCAUCGUCCAAUUAUUAAUCCAAACGGAAAAUAUAUCGUACGUCUUUAUUUUCUUGGAUGCUGGCGUCGAAUAUUGAUAGAUGAUUUCAUACCCGUCGAUAAAGAUGGUAAUCCUCUUUUACCGACCACAGGUAAUAAUUUUGAAUUAUGGCCUUUAUUAUUGGCAAAAGCUUUAUUGAAAAUUGCAUCGUUAACGUGGACACAAGAAAGAGAAAUUGUGGAUUUUAAUCCGGUUUCUUGUCUCACUGGAUGGAUCUGUUUGUCUUUGAACGUCGUUCAUCUUUCCCCUCGAGACAAGUGGGAGUUCUUAGUGAAAUAUGCGGAACAUUUCGAAUGGAAGCAGGAAGGAACUAACUCGGAGAACGUAACGCUUGAUGAAGAAGAGGACAAAAAGUCGAGCAAAAAAGGGAAAAGAAUUCGAAGAGGCGUUAAAGGGUUGCAACUUCCUGAUAAACCUCGACCUAUCACGCUGUUUCUCGAUUUGGAAGAUAUGAAAGAGGUCAAGCCCGAGACAGUGCCCGGUUUGUCGCCUUGCUGGAGCCAUUUGGUUCAUGUCGUUCAAUCGCGUGAUCUUCCAUUGGAUCCUAAAGACAUAAAAGAACCAUUACCAAGAUGGAAAAAAUAUCGAUGGAUAAAUUGGGCGAUCGAUCGAGGUUUGCUCGAUCCAUUUGAAUAUUUUGUUCCUAUACGUUGUUUAAAAAUCGUCAGUUCAUUGAGAGAAUUCAAGGAAGGAAUUUUUCCUCGGAAAAAUCAACGUUUCUUCGUUAAUGAAUUUUUAAAGGAAACAAAAAAUCAGGAAGUAACGUCUCCUGAAAAAUAUGUAAAGGAAGAUACGAUCGAUGACAAUAGUUUUUGGUGUGAUUUCAAUAAAAUGGCAACUUAUGUUAAAGUCAUUCAAAUCUUUUACAAGCCUGAAUAUUUUGGUUAUACUAUAAGAAUGUCAGAUUCCUUUCUGUUGGAUGAUCAAAAGAACAUAAAAUUGCCAUCGAAGAAACAAAAAAAAGAUACCAGAAAAGGUAGUAAAAAGAGUCCACCGUCCGACGUGGUUCAUGAUGAUUCGAUAGAAUUUAUGAAUACUUAUGCCUGGCCUAGAACCAUGAAAUCAUCGAGAAACGAGCCGUUAUAUCUCUUUUGCGAUUCAAUCGAAGAGAAGUUCUUGUUAAUAAAUUUUAGUACCAUGGAAGAACGAUUAUCUUCGAAUCUUGUCUCGAACGAAGAAGAGACUUGUGAUUCGAUAUCGAUAAGAUUAUUAUCUGAAGAUGGGAGUAAUCUCGUUGUAGAAAGACACAGUUGGUUUUUUAGGGAGACCGAAUCAAGAGCACUUAUAUCCAUUUCAACGUCUGGCACUAAGUCGAGUGUACUGGAAUUAGAACCAGGAAGACAUCUUUUGCGUAUUUAUUGCCGUUCGGAGUCACGUUGUUUCGUAUCGAUUUUAUCUGACACAAUUUUUUACGUUGGCGAUCGUCUUAGAAUGCAUACAUUAAUGAGGACGGAAUCAGUGAGAAUCGAUGUCUUAGUUAAAAACAUUAGUAAUUCCAUAGCUAAAGCAUUUUUGAGUUUCGGUAGUAAAGAUUAUUUCUCGAAUUUGAUGACAUUUUAUCAAAGUUAUAUGCCAGAUUUAACAAAUGUUUCGAACAAAAAAGACAGAGCUUUCUUCAAGAAAAUACACGAGUAUUUCAUAGAAGAGUUAUUGAAUUCGAUCAAAAAGAUAUUCCCAUUGGAAAAGCAUCCUGAAAUUUUAUUUUCUUUGAGAAUCUUUUUUCUAAAUCCUACAAUUGAUUUCGAACAUAGAAGAACUUCGUCGAUUUUGUAUGAUAUUCAAGAAACGUCGUCAUUUAUAGAAAAUGAUUCAAACGAAUCGAUUGGCGAAAUGAUAUCAAUAAAUUAUAAUCAAGCAGCUACCAUCAUUCAAGCAUUCUUUAAGAUGGUGAUCGUUAAGCGUUAUAAAGAGCGACACAAUUCCAAUCACAAGGAUCACUCAAAGAUCUUAACGAGUCUCUUGAUGAUCGUUGAACUUUUCGAUCAUUCUAAUAACGAGUCAUUAGCGUCAACUUUGUUGAGAAAGGUCAUUCAAAAAAAUAACAAAUUUAACGAAGCUUAUCCUUGUUCCAAGGACUUUCAAUACGUAUUACAAAUCCAAGAAUGCAAAGGCACUUUGUUAAACGUUAAACCAGAUCAAUGGAUUCCUAUAACGAGACUAAUUGUGAAUGCUCAAGAAAACGAAACGAUCUUUGGUACGAUACAACUUUUUACAAACUUACCAAGUUACAAUUUGAGAUUAUUCAAUAAUGAAACCGGUCGAGAAAUAUGGAGACUCAUUAACAACGUUGCUCCAUCUAAUUAUCCGCAUACAACAGUCGGUUACACGCUCUUCGCUUAUGGUUGGUGCGAUAAUCAAAGAUCAGAAGACACGGAAUGGAUACUUCAUUUUGUUACAAUUAAGGGAAAACCAAUGUUUUAUCAAUUAGCUGACAAGGAACCCAUUUCUUUGGACACGAAGAUACCCGUUUUAAUCGUUGAAGAAACAUUUAACACUUAUAUACCUAAUUCGAUGAAUUUAAUUUCCAAAUGGAUCGUCAAUAUUAUUCGUGACAGUUUAUUGUCGUUUAAAUUGACGACCUCUUACAAAUUAGCUCAAAUGAAAUUAAGAAUCAUCGAUGAUAAAGAUAAUGUUUUAUUAGAAAUCGAGGGUGGAUUUGUUCUAUGUGUCCCGGUUAUAUAUUUGAGAUUAGAACAAAAAAACGUGGACAUAGAAAAUCCAUGUACUACUUAUUAUAUCGAGGCAUUCGUUCUUGAUGAUAGUUGGCCAUUAACUGAUGCUGAAUGGUCAGUGGUAUUAGAGGCAAAGACAAAGAAAAGAAAUGUUCCAGUUCGAACAAAAUCUUCGAAUAUUAAAAUACAAAAAUCCGAUAUGAUAAGAAUGAAACGUAAUUCAAAGCAGCAGAUCGAUCAACAUAUGGAUUCGCCUUUUUGGAAAUUUCAAACUAUCAUCGAUGUUAAUAGUGGCAUAGAGAUUAUUCAAGAUAGAAGAAGAGAACAGGAGAUAAUAUCCAUGAAAGAAUCAUGGUCGAAGGAUAAUCCUGAACGACUUCAACGUGGUAAAGAACUUAGAGAAACUUUUUUGGACACUUACAGUUUACAUUCUACUUCUUUAACUAACUUAGAGAAAGAAAUAUCUACUGAAAUGAACAAACGUAUGGGAAGACGAAAAAUUCGAGAAUCGCAAAUUUGUGAUCGAUCGUCGUUAACAGAGAAAAUUGUUAUUAGGUUUUUGAAAUAUCCACGAUCUCGUAGCUUCGAUUUACCGAUAUUAGAUUUGAGUAAGUACGAAAAGUCGAAAGAAAAACUGGAGAUAUCUCGAAUUAGAACUAAUUCGGAAAGAGAGAUUUUAAAUGAACAACUAUAUGCCGAUAUUUCCAAUUUCUUUCUGGAUUAUGAUAAUUUUCUUCAGCGAUUGGAAAAUUGGUCGUUUGAGCAAGUGAGAAAAUAUAAAAAAUUGUGGAACUCUCACGAAGAGAAUUUCUCUCAAAGGAAAGUACAGCUUGAGGAAGCUUAUGAGAUACGUCAGGCUUAUAUAUCUAGCAUUAAGUCUAUCGACACGCCUAAAAAAGGAAAGAAAGGAGGGAAGAAAAGCGCAAGAACAUAAAAAAAAGCAACAACAACGACGACAACAACAACAACAACAACAACAACAACAUUAAUAAUAAUAAUAAUAAUAAUAAUAAUAAUAAUAAUAAUAAUAAAUGAAUAUCCUUGUAAAUAGAUAUUUAACGAUAUAUUAAACGAUCUCAAAGAAAUUAUUUUGCCUUUAGAAUCGUUCGACAAUUAAUUAGAAUGAUUAUCAGAAUGCGCGAAUUCUUUUCUUCUUCGUAUAUUUUUGAUUAGAAUUAUCUUGAUUCCCCCCUUCCCUCCCUCCCCCGGUCAAGGAUAAGCUGAUGCUUUUCCGUAAAAGUUUCUCUACUUACGUAGAUCAUGCUCCAUGGCAAGAAUACAGGCUUACAUACAUAUAUUGCGUUGUUGAUGACGGUGCGCGAUAUACCUUUUAAUGAUGCCACUCCCGACGGUCUCUCUCUCUUCAAAAAAAAGGAAAAAAAAAAAAAAGCAUGAUUAUCGUUAUGCCGAUUUUUCAUACACCAGACCAGUCUCUCUUUCCUACCAUGUCGUCCUACCAACGAUUAUUACAAAAUUACGAGAAAGGCGACGAGUAAGCAAAAAGGAUUCAUAAUAAACCUAGUGGUGUACCUUAAGGUACAGUGCAAGUUGUUGAACUUAUCAGAUUAUUAUUAUUAU